AUGCCUUUCAUGUGUGUUUUGUUUGAAAUGGAGCCAUUUAUCACAUGGACGUUUUUCGUAAUAAGUUUUCAAUAAUACUUUCUGAAGAUGAGUAAUGUUGCAAACCAGAGGACUCUGUUUCAAGCUUGGGGCACUGUCGUGUCUAAAAACAAAGUGGUUCCGCCUAAAAAGGAUGGUAAAAAAGCCGCAGCCCGGCGCAAGACGACUCCAAGCAGCAGCAACAUCUCCCAGGCCACCGCUCCAAGACCUGCUCCAAGAUGUUCACUUUUUGGUGAAAUAGGGCACGGAUCCUCCUACAGCACAGAAGGACCAGUGAGUGCGGGCGAAUCUCCUGCUGCUUUUGGCUUUGAGGAAGAUGACGACGAUGAUCUGAUAGUGGUAGCUGUGCACGAAGCAGAAAAGACGUUGCAAUUUAAUAAUCCGCACUUUAGAACAGAUGACAAUCCCAUAGGACCAGAGUCUAGUGCACUGCCUCUCACUUCCCCUUGUGGAGAGAGUUAUCCUGACUUCCCCGGCUUUGACAGCUCAUCAGCCAAAGUAUGGAUUUACCCUACAAACUACCCCAUCAGGGAGUACCAGCUGAAGAUGUCAGAGGCUGCCCUCUUUCAGAACACACUGGUUUGCCUCCCAACCGGGUUAGGAAAGACCUUUAUUGCUUCUGUAGUCAUGUACAACUUCUACCGUUGGUAUCCAUCAGGAAAGAUUGUUUUCAUGGCUCCCACCAAACCUCUGGUGGCACAACAGAUUGAAGCAUGUUAUAAAGUCAUGGGAAUACCACAGGCCCACAUGGCAGAGCUGACAGGCAGCACAGCAGCAAAGCAGAGGCAGGAGGUGUGGAGAGCCAAACGAGUGUUCUUCCUCACUCCUCAGGUCAUGGUGAACGACCUGUCCAGAGACACAUGUCCAGCUCAGCACGUCAAGUGUGUUGUAAUAGACGAGGCCCACAAAGCUCUGGGAAACCAUGCCUACUGUCAGGUAAUUCGGCAGCUUGGCAGUCAGACUAAACAUUUCCGGAUUUUGGCUCUGAGUGCCACUCCAGGCGGAGACACAAAGUCUGUGCAGUCUGUCAUCUCCAACUUGCUCAUAUCUCAUAUUGAGCUUCGCUCAGAGGAGAGCCCUGACAUCCAGGCCCAUUCUCAUCAGCGAAGUGUGGAGAAAAUGGUGGUCCCACUAGGAGAGACCCUCUCUGCUUAUCAAACACGAUACUUACAGGUGCUGGAGAAGUUUAUGUCUCGCCUGGUUCAGAACCGGGUGAUGGGACAUAAAGAUCUGCGCACACUUAGCAAGUACCAGCUCAUCCUGGCCAGAGAUCAGUUCCGGAAAAACCCACCUCCGAACAUCAAGGGUCCACAGCAGGGGAUGCUGGAGGGAGACUUUGCCCUGUGCAUCAGCCUGUAUCAUGGCUACGAGCUGCUGAUGCAGAUGGGCCUCAGGUCUCUGUUCUUCUAUGUGCAGGGCAUCAUGGACGGCUCUCGAGAAAUGUCCAGGGCCAGAAAUGAACUGCAGAGAACUCCCACUUUUAUGGACCUCUACCAAGAGAUGGAAGUCAUGUUCAUGAAGUCACUAGCUGGUCCAGAAGAACCAUUUGUCUACAGUCACCCCAAGCUCCAGAAACUGGAAGAAGUGGUGCUUCAACACUUCAAGCAGUGGCCAACAGGUCUGGCUGAAACGGUAAGCACACGUGUGAUGAUCUUUUCGUCAUUCCGUGAAAGUGUGCAGGAGAUAGCUUCCAUGUUGAACUGUCACGGUCCUCUUAUCCGAGUCAUGACUUUUAUGGGCCAAGCUUCAGCCGGGAAGGGCGUCAAAGGAUUCACUCAAAAAGAACAGCUUGAGGUAGUACAAAGGUUUCGACAAGGGGGAUUCAACACUCUAGUGUCAACUUGUGUUGGGGAAGAAGGUCUGGACAUUGGAGAAGUGGAUCUUAUUGUGUGCUUUGAUGCGCAGAAGAAUCCCAUUCGCCUUGUGCAGCGAAUGGGACGAACUGGGCGCAAACGUCAGGGGCGCAUCGUUGUGAUUCUGGCAGAGGGUCGCGAAGAGAAAACCUACAAUCAGAGCCAAAGCAACAAGCGCAGUAUAUACAAGUCUAUCACCAGUAACCACAACGGCUUCAGCAUGUACCCACACAGUCCUCGCAUGCUGCCUGAUGGAGUGAACCCAAUUCUCCACAAGAUGCACAUCAUGUGUGGGCAGUUUGAGCCCCGUGAGAGCAGCAGACGCUCCAAAGGCCGGAGGUCUACUGCGGAUGGAAGGACUUCACUCAUUCAUCCUUACAGUCUGAUCCAACAGGCCACUUCUGUAUCCAAUGGUUUUCUUAACAGCACAGAAUAUUCUGUAUGGGCCUCCACCAUGAAACUGGAUGAAGAUGAGGCUCAUCCAAUUCUGAAGCCAUCACGUUUUCUCUCCUUUCCCACAGAUCUGCACAACCAGGAACAGGAGUGCACAAGUGUUACUCCGUCUCGGGAGCUGUCUUUGAGUGAGUGGAGACACUGGCAGAACAAAAGCUUACCCACACAUGCUGUAGAGCAUUCACUUCGCUGCCAACACUUCAUCAAAAUUAUGGAAUUGAUCGACCAAAUGAAAUAUGAACCUGAGGGGCAGUGUCACUAUGAAGAUGACCUUCGGCCUUACCUUUCUGAAGCGAAUUCUAAGAAUGCACAGAAGAAAUCAAAGCCAUGUGUGAAACCCAAAAAAACAAGUCAUUCAUUUUCAUAUGACCCUGACUUUAUCACCGAGGAGCCUGAACUGAACCUACCGGAGGAGGAGCAAAGAUUUCUUGUUGAAAGUGUCGCUGCUGUUAAAACUACCUCACCAAUACCUGUGAAUAACAAUUGUAUCGAUCUGUUAGAGGAUGACUGUAUUUUGAAUGCUGAUCCAGAGCAUAUAAAGUCCAGUCUAACAGAUCAUAACCCUGAUCAUAUUCCACUGAUGUUUAAUGAGGAUGAGGAUCUUGAACUUCAGGCCAUGUUUUAUUUGCCAAAUUGGGGAUGUCGUCUUUCUUCGAUUAAACCAGUAGGAAAGGACAGAGACGAUAAUUUAAAAGUUAUUCUUGCAAAUGUUUCGGAGCUCUUGUCUCGUCCGCCACCAUCGCUGGAUUUCGAAGAUAUUUUGUGCUCAGUUUCAGAAUUUGUCUCACCAAAGGAGCUGCCAUGUCAGCCAUUUCAAGUCAGUUUCACCCUUGAUGAUGAAGACGAGGAAGAGGAGAUGGAGAUCAAUGACAAUACAAACUGCAUGGAAGAUUUAGGAGCUAAAACCCCAUCGGAUAAAGGCAAUACAGUUCAAAACAGUCCAACAUGGGAAGAAGUUUUUGAAGAUGAUGUAUAUGAGGAAGAUGCAAAUAUAGAAACAAAAGAGAAAGUGUUAAAAUGUACAGAAAACACAACUUUUAAACCUGAUAUAAAUGAGAGCAUGGAUCUAUUCGAAGAUGAUGAAGCCUUUUUACAAAUGUCAAUUCCAGAUGUCCCUACACCGGAAGAUUCACCCAUUCAUCAAAAGGAGCAGGAGAACUGUGAAAUAAACAAAUCAGAAAUUUUGGAAAAUGUUGCCAAUACUACAAAAAGAAUGGCAUUAGGGAAUACACAUAUUGAUAAUUCUCUCAUCGUCAAAAAUGACACUAGGCUUGCAAAUGAAUCUAUAACUGUUGAAGAGCCGAUAUGUACGAGAAAUGUGCAACCUGAAUCUUUAGAAAAUUCGAACGAUUUAUUCUCUGUAAACUUUGAUCUUGGUUUCUCAAUGGAUGAUUCUGAGGAGGAGGAGAUCACCGAAGCGAAAUGUAUACCACCAUCUCCACAACCUAAAACCCCUCGACUCUCUGUUCAAGUUAGCUCCAGCUCCUCCACUCCCUGUACUGGUUUUUCUAAGCAGGAGGGGUCAUCUGUGCGGUCCAGAGAAGCCAGACUGUCCACCCCACGUUUGGCACACUUGAAUAAGUCUGGUCGCUUCCCCUCCUCUCCCCUGGGUGCCACAGGAAGUGCGCUCCCUUCUCCAAUCUCCUCACUUCACACCUCAGCACCUCGACGCAAACUAAAUCAGACCAAAGGAGCAGAGAGUGGGAGGAAUCCAGUGAAAAGCAGCACUGACAGUGAGGAGGAAGUGGUGAUCCAGAAUCGAAAACAACCCAAAAAGGUCAACUAUUUCUCAUCUCCGGAAAAGACGAGAAAUGUCAGUGACGUGGACUCCCCGUUUAUUCUGAAGAGGAAACGUGUUGCUGCACUUGAUACAUCUAGUGAAGUGGAGAAGGGAGCUAUAUCUGAUGAUGAUUUCCAGAAUGACACAGUCUUCACAAAUAUCAACCCUGGACCAGGACCAAAAAGGAAACAUCUAAAACAAGGAAAAGACCAGCGUUCCUCCUGUCGCCGAGUCCACCAGUUCCUGGACAAUGAGGCCGAGCUGUCCGAGGAUGAGGAUGGCGUGUCCAGCGAUGAAGAGGACGGAGAGGAGCAGAACCGGUCACUAGAAGGCUUCGUGGUGGACAACUCUCACCUUUCCCAGGGGCUCAAUGAAUCAGAGAUGCACGGGGUUUAUCUCAAAUCUGUCCGAAGUCCUGCGAUGCUUGGCAAGUUCAAAAUGUCCUAUAAAAAUCGUCAUAACAUGGAUAUAUUCUCCCAGGUCCCAGAGAUGGAUGAGACGUACGCCGAGGACAGCUUUGUGGUGGGCAGUGAUGAAGAGGAGCAGAGUGAAGACUACAGUGAAGAGGAGGAGGAAGGAGUGGGUCCCCUGCUCCCUGAAGAGUCUUACGUGGAUGGCAGGAGACAGUAUGCCACCAGGAGACGAGUGUUCCUUCACCAGGCCAGAGCCAAGGGCAAAACACAUGUACCGCCUGCAAACAGAGGGGGCACUAAAGCCAAACUCGCCCGGGUCAUACGCAUACAGGACUCCAGUGAUGAAGAGACGGAGGGCAAUGAUACAAAUGCUGUGGUGAAAACAGAUGAUAGGUCAAAUUCAGCUCAUGGGAACAGAUUGGAGCAUCAGAAUGGUCAAUCCUCCUCUUCAUCUAUUGCAUUCAAAAUGUCGAGGCAGAGUCAGGUCCAGAAGGCUUUACCCACAAAUGAACAACGGGAUGAGAGGUACCGCAAGAGAAUAGAAACUGAGCAUCUCCUCUCUGAUGAGCUGGACUUUGUGGAGUCAGAAUCUCUUUUAUCCAACAACGUUUCUGCUCAGAGCGCCCCCUCAGCGUCUGCACUGGCCCCCCCUCAAACCUGUGCAGUGGACCAAGUGCGCCUCCUGGUGGACAGUCGGUGCCUGACAGGAGCUGUGGAGCUCGUGACCUGGCUGCGGCAGCGUCACUCUGCUGUGGUCCAUGUGUGCUCUCUGGACAGUAGCUACAUCAUCGUGAGCGCCCGCAUGGCUGUGGAGAGACACAGCCAAUCAGAGUUUGCCUCCGUUCAAAACAGGAAGCGAUUGGUCGAGAGGGUCAACAGAUUACAGACGCUGUUUGAGAGAGUGUGUUUGAUUGUAGAAAAAGACCGCAUCAAGCCAGGUGACACAACGCGGCCUUUCCAGAGAACACGUUACUACGACAGUACUCUGGUCGCUCUGGUUCGCUCAGGGCUGAGACUGCUCUGGUCUAAUGGCCCUGAGGACAGCGCCGCUCUGCUGGUGGAGCUGGCCCGUCUGGAGCAAAGGAAGUCUCAUGGGAUCUCCGUACCCCUGGAGGUGACGGGUGCGCACAGGCAACAGGCUCUGCAGAUGUAUCUCAACUUACCCUCAGUCAACUAUGUGCACGCGCUCAACUUGUGCCACAAUUUCAGGACAGUUGGCCAGCUCAUAAACAGUUCCAUUGAAGCCAUACAAAAGGGAGGCUGCAUGAGCCGCUCCAGGGCAGAGGAGGUCUACAGAUUUCUGCGAUAUUCUUGUGACUCUUUUCUCAUGAACACGUCAAGAUAGAACCAACAAAAGCUGUUUAUUCACAAUUAAAUGAGAACAAGCCAACGAAAUGUGCAAUAUACUAACUAAUAACUCAAUGCUGCAUUCUGGUUUACAUGUACAAUUUUCAGUUCUAUAGUAAAAAAAAAAAAAAAGAACCAAUAAUGAUUUAGAUUUACUAUAGUUUAUUUAGCAGACUGAGUUAAUGGGAGAAGUAGACGUGAGUUUUUUGUUUUUUGUUUAUACAUAGGCCAAUAUGUUGGUUGUAAAUGCAUUAUUUGGAGUAACUACCUUCGACCGCACAAUCUGUAAAAUCAGGGAGAAAUAGUUUAAGGACUUGUGUGUUAGCAUAACUUAAAUUAUGUUUCUGUGUAAAUAAUUUAUAUUUUGUAAUAAAAAGCCAUUUUGCUAUA